GCGCGUUAUCCAGGAAGUGCUGGAGCACCCCAAAUCCAUAUGUCUGACUGGGGGCUCUGACUACAUAAUCCCUGACUCUCUCUCUCUCAAUCUGUUCUCUUCCAUCCAGUCACAACUCUCUCUCAGAGUUCCCAGUCCUCCAAUCCCCAAUGCUCUUCCUCACCAGAAACCCAACUCCUCCUUCACAGCCCAGCACGGCCCACUCUUCUAAGCAAUGAAAAAAUGGGUUUUCUCCGGCGACUCUUCGGCCCCAAAAGGCCAUCCUCAUCAUCAUCUUCUUCGCAGCCCACCAAGGACAAGAAGUGGUGGGGUUUCCUAAAAGACAAGGUCCAUAAUACGACGCCGUCUAGGCCUACCAACAUCAACUCCUCCACCACCGAUGUUCCUUGCUCUCCCACCGCCAGCUUGGAUGCAAACAAGCACGCGAUUGCGGUGGCGGCUGCCACUGCAGCCGUGGCUGAGGCGGCUCUAGCAGCUGCUCACGCCGCAGCGGAGGUUGUCAGGUUGACCAGCGGCAGUGGCUCCGGGAGCUCUGCCACCGCGGCGCACGCUAGCAGGAACCGACAGCUGGCGGCCAUUAAGAUUCAGUCGGCAUUCCGGGCCUAUCUAGCAAGGAGGGCAUUGAGAGCACUUAAAGCACUGGUGAAGCUUCAAGCAUUAGUGAGAGGCCACAUCGUGAGGAAACAAACUUCUGACAUGCUCAGGCGUAUGCAAACACUUGUCAGAGUCCAGGCCCGAGCACGUGCUACUCGCACGCACGUAUCGGAAUUGUUACAUUCUACGUCCCUACCAAGUCACCCUGUUCCUGAAAGUCCUGACAAAAAUGGAUACCAACACCGUACCUAUAGUAGCAAAUUUGAUGGGCCCUCAAUCCUUAAGAGGUGUGGUUCAAAUACAAACUUCAGGCACGUUAACCUUGACAAAGCACGAUUAGAGUCGAACUGGCUAGACCGUUGGAUGGAAGAAAGUUUAUGGAAUAACUACCAAGGCAGGUCACUGAGGUAUGGUCGAACAGAUGAUGAGAAGACCGACAAGAUCCUUGAAGUAGACACUUGGAAGCCUCACUUAGACUCCCAACGAAGUACCCGAAGCUUCCAAUUGCCGCGGCAUGUAUUGGCUUCAGAUUAUCAUCAUAACCAGAGCUUUAUACCAUUAGAUUCCCCAUCAAAGCGGUCGACAAAAGCGCCAAACCUCACUUCAAACUUGUCUUCAAGGGAACCAUCAUCAUUGAACUCUUUGAAGUGUCCCAUUGGAAAAGAUGAAGCAGUAUCAAGGACUGCUGACAACAGCCCACAAGUUUUGUCUGCAUCAUCAAGACCUGGUGGUGCAAGGAGAGGUCCUUUCACACCGGCAAGAAGCGAGUGCUCUUGGGGAUUUUUCAGUGCCUAUUCGGGUUAUCCAAAUUACAUGGCUAAUACAGAAUCUUCCCGAGCUAAGGUCCGGUCACAGAGUGCCCCGAGGCAGAGGCUUGAGUUUGAGAAAUAUGGUACACCUAAGAGAUUUGUUCAAGGGUUUUGGGAUGCUGGGACUCAUUUAGAUAAGGGCUCGGUCCAAGAUGCUGACAUGAGGAACAAUGUUUAUUCCUCCGCUAGCUACUUCGAUAGGUAUGGGAAUGCCAAUUUAAGAUGAUACUAUGAUGUUCUGUAUCAUUUUUUUGUUUUUGUUUUUUUAAUUUUAUUUUAUUUUAAUUUUUUUUUUUUUGGGGGUUUUCUUUUCCAUUGUACAGAACAAUGGAAAGCGUUUGUUAAUUGAUGUUGAUCUACAAACUUUGUUUAUAAAAUCAAAUUUGAUAA